AUGGGCAUUCAUGGGAAAUUGUACCGUAGAUCCAGUGUUUCCAUUAUUGGUUCCGAGGUGAUUGGCCACAAUGCGACUUUGAAGCCAGGAUCUGCUGUGGGCAACGGUGCCCUUGUCCUGCCGCAUUCUACCGUCACAGGAGAAGUAGGUGCUCAAAAAGUACAUGAUGGAAGUGCUGGAACUUCUACCGCCACGCUUUCAAGCGACAUCGACUCCGAUCGUCUCUUGUCGUUUCCGCGGCGAACACCUAUGAGUCUUCCUGCAAGUCUAGUGGUUUUGCCCUUCCUCUGGUGGCUGCAGAUUCUGAGCUACUGGCCCUUCAUUGUAGAUUUGGCCUACGUUUCCGGAAGAUACUUGCCCUGGGUGAUGGGGGGCAAGGCACCAGGAGCAGAGGAAGACUUCAUAGUCAUUUUGCUGUUGCUGCCAGUGAUCAACAUACUUGCGGCACUGCUCUAUGAUUUGUUUGUGGUUGUGGCUGCAGUUGCGUCAAAGUGGCUAUUUCUGGGGCGGCUGGAGGAGGGCUCGUUUUUCGUGAGCAGCCAGUACCUCUUCUUCUUCGAAAUCAGCUUUAAUCUCACCUCUGCGGCAGCACAGGUCAUGAGAAACAAUUCCCAAACCAUCGCCAACAACAUUUUCAUGAAGGCCAUGGGCGGUGACGUCGCCUGGAGCUGGAUGCCAUCUCCACUAAAUCCAGCGGCAUACUUUUGCGCUGACCUCUUGACAAUUGAGAGUGAUGUCUUCUCGGCGAGCAAAUGUAUGUUCAACUGUAUUACGCUGAUUCCGUCCGGCGACAGCAAGACCUUCCAAGCCCGCCGAUGGCAGAUGACAUGCCGCAGGACACUUACUUUGUGUUUGUGGGUCUUCUGA